UUGUUGAUGUUAUCUUGUUAUCAGCGCCGUUGUCUCUUCCCACUCUUCCUUAUAAAAAUUCUAUGAAAUGGUUUGAAAUUCAAUCAUCAGUGUUUCGUGUGCUCUAAGGAGGCAAAUAAAUUCCGCGAAGGACAAGUCUUUCUUUAUAUCAUCGACCAAGAUUUCAAGCAUGGAUUGUGCCACAAAAUUUGUUGUUGGAGAAGCUCCAGAAUCGGAUGACGAAGAAGGAUAUUACAAAGUUGAUGUUGAGAAAGUUGCUGCUCCAUCAAGUAAUGUAGUAGUAGGAGAGGCACCGGAAUCUGACGACGAAAGCUCAACAUCAGCCAUCAAACCCAGUGGAAGUUCUCUUUCCUGUCUACCUGCCAUAAAUAUUGCACCCUCGAAUACUGAGCUCAAGCAAUCAUUCAUAAUUCCAUAUAAGUAUGACACAUUUCUGCAUAAAAAAUUAAGGAGUGACAAUGAAGCUGUUUUCAGGAGCAUUAGUGACUUUGUUAACAAAACUUUCGGAUCUGCGAUUAAACAAUUAAACACAGCAAAUCAAGAUUUACUUCAAGCUCAAAUUCAGCUACAAGAAGCAGUCACUUGUCUGAAACAAGUCGCAAAUAAUUCGAGUCAAGUUAAAAGUAAAAUUGAUUCAAUUCUGUCAACGCCAUUCUUACCUAACAUCAAGAUUCAAGUUCCUCCAGCGCUUCCAAUAGAUUCAGAACUUCUGAAAUAACCUGUGAUCACUGUUUUAAGCAGUGCAACAGUAGAGUAUGGUGCUUUUUUGCAACUAAGCCAAGAGCAAACAUUUUAUUGUUAUAAAGCUGACAUAUUUUAUUACAUAUUGGGAAACAAAGGGAUGAAUCCUUUAAGAUGGAGAAAUGGAAGUCAGCAUCUUUCUCUUCAAAUCAAAAUAUUAUUAAGGGGGCAGAGGUGCUAAAAUGACAAUUUGAUGCUGAGACAGAUUUUUUUUCUUACAAAAAUCAAUUUUCUCUCAUAGUUUUACUGAUAAAUUUUGAUGGCCAAAGUGCGAAUCUACGUAUCUCCAUUGUGAUUUUUCAAAAUUUCAAUUCCACCUUUCCUUUUUUUUCCUCCAGAAGAGAAACAAGGUAACUGACUCCAUGGCUUGAAAUUUAUCCAGAGUAUCAUACUAAUAGAGAGGAAAGAUCAAGGAAGUUUUCAAAAAAUUACGUUGACUAGUUUUCCAAAGAAAAAAUUAAGUUUGACAGGAAGUCUGCAACUUAGCAAGUGGAGAUACGUCGUUUCAAACUUUGGCCAUCGAUAUUUUCCCUCACCACUCGUUGAAAAUUCAUUAAAAUGGCUGUGAUUUAGUUGUCCAUGAAGGGGGCUUAGCUUUUUAAACAUUUGUUGGAAAAUAGUUGAAAAAAUAUUUGUUUUGAUUCCAAAUUUUUCAGACCAUGUAGUCAACUGUGGGUCUGUGGAGUCAAAAAAUUGCUGUAGAAAUAUUUAAAAAAUAUAUUUUUUUAUCGAUACUAAUUUCAAAGUUGCUGAAUUCUGAGAACGAUAGCAGUGAAUUGAGGGGCUUAGAUGGCAUACAGAAUUAGUGCAGCUUUUGAGAAAGUUGAGAAAUUCAUGAUUUCAACCAAAACUAGUGUUAAAAAUAUAUAUUAAGAAAAAAUCACUAUCAAAAUCUAAAUUUUAAGCAUCUAAAAGCUAGUUUGAGCUAUCUUUCUGCCACAAGGCUCCAGGUGAUUUUGCAACUUUAAACAUGUAUCUCUUAAAAUAGUAAAAGCUGUACUUAUCCCACUUGUCCUUCAAGUCCCUCAAUUCUGUUUUUCAUCAGAUAGAUUUUCUGUAUCGUUCUAGCUAAUUUCCACAGUGUUUUUUAAUCAAACAUGAUUGGUGAAGCUAGAAAAUCACUCAUCAGUUUGUGCUGUUACAUACUUCCUGUUGUAUUUUAUUUUUCUCAAUGAUGGCCAAUCAUUAUCGUUGCACAAAAUGUUGUGUUACUCUUCUUCAUCCUUUCAAAAUUAUUCUCGACAAUCUUCAUGCAAAAAUAUUGAAUAUUAUUCCCCUGAAAAAAUAGAUUUUGAGUCUAAAUUUUACAAACAACUUUCAAGAUUCUAAACAUGCUUAUAGUUUCACCAUUGACUCAUAAUAAAUGCGUGUCAACCACUCACAAGGACUUGAAUGAACUUGAAUUAAUUUGAUCAAAUUAUUUUAGCAUAAGAAUUUGUUUUUGUACUUUGUUUUUGUUCCAUAAAGACACUCUGUUAGAAUAUAACCUGGUUUUUUACAGAACA